AUGCCCGGACCGAUUUGGAUAGGGCAAACUGGCAACUGGGUGACGAAAUCGAGAGUGCUGCAAAAUACCUACUGGCAGGAGCAAGAAUCCCGAUUUAACCAAGGUCAGGGUCAAGCGUUUCAUCCCGCCAAACCCCCAGCUGUUUGUCACGGCUUCUUGCAUACGAAGUCUGGCGCAAAUCAGAUCCUAGCGCAUGCCGUGGAUGAAAGGUCUGAUAUACAAGACGGCAUGGUUGCAGAAACUGCAGGAAGCCGAAAUGGCCAUGAGCUUCGCGCUCGGACCUCGAUUGCAGCGAACGAGCAUUAUUCCCAGGGUUGUUGGGGCGCAGCGAGUGCUGAGUUGUCCCAUCACCAACCACUCGAUGGCAGUACGGUUCCCGUCGUCAUCAAUGCAUCUAGACUUCAAGUACUAUCAUGUGCCAGGGAAGCUAUAUCAAACGGGUUGGAGGGUAGACCAGGGGUUGCGGCUGCCAGGAUCAACGAGACUGCCGACAACCCAUGA